UCUUGACGCAAACAAAAAUAUUUAUGGCUGUUUAUAAAUGCGCUAGGUGCAUAGAGUUUUUGCCCAUUUCUUUAAAUAUUGUGCAUUUAAUAUGAUUUUAUUUAGUCAAAUUAAGCAGUACCAAUUCCUUUAUUGGUUAAACUUAAGGGAUGUGUAAAUAAUUGCUGUGUUGAUGCGGAAAAUUAUGGCAUCUUUGACUACCAACACAGAAAACAUAAACAUUUUGCGGCUUAAACGUUGCUUGCGCAAAAUCUUAAAAUGCAACAUCUGCACAUGUGUCUGCUGUGCUUAAUUGCAUUAGCAAUACUUUCCUAUUUCGUUCAUCAAAAACCUUCGUGGGUCACUGAUUAUAAAGGAAAGGUAGUCAGCACUAAUGAAGCACAACCUUGGAGAUCCCGAAGCCCCCUUUAUAUCGUGGUGGUAUGCUGCGGCCAAAGAGUCCAGGAGACUCUUGUUAUGAUCAAAUCAGCUAUUUUAUUUAACUACGACGAGGAGUAUCUAAAAUUUGUAAUUUUUACUGAAGAUGGAAAAGGUGAGGAGUUCAAGGAAAAGUUGACAGACUGGCGUGACAUCAAGCCAUUCACAUUCGACUUUGAGAUUUUGCCAUUAAAGUUUCCUAGUGGCAAUGAAGUCGAAUGGAAAAAUCUAUUUAAGCCAUGUGCAGCUCAACGUUUGUUUUUGCCGUCGUUGUUAACGAAUGUGGACUCCUUGUUGUAUGUCGACACGGAUAUAUUGUUUCUAUCACCAAUCUCCGACAUCUGGCGAUUCUUCAAAAAGUUCAAUGAGACUCAAAUGUCCGCAUUGACGCCGGAACAUGAGAACGAAAAUAUCGGAUGGUACAAUAGAUUUGCAAGACAUCCAUUCUACGGUCGACUUGGAGUCAACUCCGGCGUUAUGCUAAUGAAUCUCACACGGAUGAGAGAAAUGAAAUGGGAACAACAUAUCUUGUCUAUUCAUAAGGAGUACAAGCUACGUAUUAUUUGGGGGGAUCAAGACAUAAUUAAUAUACUAUUUUAUUAUCAUCCUGAUAAGCUGUACAUCAUGCCAUGCGAAUACAACUACCGUCCAGAUCACUGCAUGUAUAUGAGCAUUUGCAACAUGACUCACGCUGGCGUUAAAGUUAUCCACGGAAAUCGCGGGUACUUCCACUCAGAUAGGCAACCGCUCUUUAAGUCUAUUUACGAGGCUAUGGAGAAUUAUCAAUUGGGGUCUAAUGCCAACACCGAUUUUUUGGUGCCAUUGCAUGCAGCACUCAGUAUACCAUCCGUCAAUGACUCAAGCUGUGGAAAGAUAUCAAAUGAUGUGUUAAAAGUGGCGAAUACAGUUAUAGGUAAUAGGUACAGGGACGUUUAGCGCUUAAACAUACUUAUAAUGUAAUAUAGUAUUUUAGUGUAUUAUUAGAAAUUGUAGAAAUAGCAUUUAUAUCGAAAUAUAGAUAAGUAAUAAUUUAAAAUACUUUCGAAUGUUUUAUAUAUACGCAGUGUAAACGUAUGUCUUACAAACAACUUAACUCGAAUAUCAAAUUUCAGUACGAUCCUUACCUCUUAAAAUUCGUAAGUAAUUGACCAAAGCGGUCAAGUUUACAAUAAACAGAAC